UCUAACUAUGUCCCUUUACGGUGGAAUAACACAUUGUCACAAAAUGGGAAGACCUCUAAUCGAAACGAUAUUUUAUUUAAUUAAAAGGAUUUUAUCGAAAGCGACAUGUAACUUACUUCAUAGCCGAAUGGAUUACAUGUCGGGCUUGUGAUCCCUUCAUCCCGAGUUCGAAUCCCGCAGGGGCUUUUGCUGUUACUUAUUGUAUUGAAUUUUUUAGAUAUUAAUUUGUUAUCCCCAAUUUGCAAAUUUUUCGCUUAUUUGAUAUUUGUACAGUUUGUUUAUUAUCAUAUCCUUCAUAAUUAAAUAAUUUACUGUUAAUUUGAGUGAUUUUUUUCAGGUGUGUUAUUCCACCUUAAGCCUGUAUAUCAUUUUUGUAAUUUUGGGUCAAUAUUUUCAUCACCAAGCAAAGAAAACCGAUUUCUGUAUUUUUACCUUUGAUAAAUAAAGAUAAGAAUGUAUCAAUCAAAGGAGUGAGGGAUACAUAUACACACAUGCAUGCACGCGAACACAAAUACACAUUCAAAUAUUAAGUAUUUGAAAGGAUUGCAGAUAUUGAGUUGUCUCUAAUUUGCAAAUUUGUCAUAUUCAAUAAAUACAUUUGUAAUGGCUGCAAAUUUUUCUACAUUUAUAUUUUUUGUUUUUCAACUAUGCCAGAAAUGCCCUAAAACAUAUGCUUACAUCUAACCUGAAGACAUUCUAUAGCCUUUUACUGUAAAAGAUAGUUAAAGGGCAAUUUUUAGUGAAGAAAGAUAAAUACAUGUAAUGCUAAUGAUAAUAUUAUGACUUCAUUUUAAAUCAUAUAAUAAUUAAAAAAUUAAGUAAUUAUGCAACUUUUUUUUUCUUAAAAGCCAAAAUGUUUUUGGAGGGAACUGAUUGUUGAUGUUUGUUUGAGAAUCAAAUGAAUCAUAAAACAUAUUGACAAAAUGAGAUUAACUAAUUCCUAUCAAUAUACACAGUAAUUUCACUGUAUCAAUAAAUAUGGUUACUGUAAUUCCUGAUUAUUGACAUCAUUUUAUCAGUGAGACAGGAAUGCAGCACAUGUCGGAGUCAGUGUUUGUGAGGAUGUGUGAGAUAGUGGGGACAUCACAACAGGUGGCUAUCAGGAGGGAGACAGAGGACAUCAGGGAGAUGGUGGAGAGACGAGUGAUGCCUAAUGAUGGGAUCAUUGAGAUGACGAGUGGAAGUAGGAGAGAAGGUUUCAGACUGAAGGGAUCAGAUCUGGACUUUAUGUACUGGCUAAACAACCACCGAGUGAUCAUGGACAUGUCUCAGUCUGAGUAUUACAACACAGCCAAUACAACCUUGAUUCUGUCUGACAGUUCUGAGAGCCCACCAGGAUUCACUUUACUUCAGUUAUUGACACCAACAAAAUACAGAGAAGUCCAGUCAGCAUGUAUUAGAAUGAAUGACAGAGUCUAUAUAUCUAGUUCUAUACACAGAGAGUUAACUUGUUCAGCAGCAAUGCCUAAUUCUACUGUACAUGGACCCUGUGGUAGUGGUGUACUAGGAGGGAAAGAAUAUGACACUGCCUUCUGUUUUGUUUGUGACUUCUGGCCUCUAUCUGCUUCUUCAUGGACAGACAGAUGUCACACAUGGCCUAAUCCUGAAGUUGUUGAUGACAUUGUCAGAAAUGGAUGCCACUUUGUAGCAAUAGGACACCCAUUAGGACCCCAUGAAAAGGAAGAAUGGAGACUUUCUUUUUCUCAGGCAGAACAGAAAUGUGUGUAUGCAAUGAACCACAGUCAGUUUUUGACUUAUGGGUUGUUAAAAUAUUUUCUUAAAGAAGUCAUAAAUCAUCAGUCAGAUGAAACCAGUAAACUAUUGUGUUCCUAUCAUAUGAAGACAACUAUUUUCUGGGCAAUUCAACAAAACACUCUACCUCACUGGUGUCCACAAAAUCUCCUGACCGGUUUCUGGGUCUGCUUUAAACUCCUCCUUAAAUGGGUGUAUGAGGGGAUCUGUCCAAACUUUUUCAUUCCACAAAAUAACUUGUUUCUGACAAAGGUCCAUGGUUCAGCACAAAACAGAUUGUUCGUACAGUUACAUGAAUUGUACAAGAAAGGUCUGGCCUGUCUGUUACAGAGUCCCUCUAUCAGGUCCUACAUCAUUGAUGUCCUGUACAAUCCUAGAGCUUUUGUUUGUACUGAUGAGAGUGUAAUGGUGUCUGAAUUUGACUAUGACACAGAACUCUUCAAUGAGAUAAAAUGUUAUAAUUUUAUACUCACAGCAAAUCUCCACAAUAAUAUGAAAUGCCUAUAUGCAGUAGAACAGUUGUUAAACUCACCCCUGACACACUAUCAAGUUGCCAUGUUUCAGACACUUACAGCCUCCAUCCUUCAGGAGACUGCUUUUAAUAUAUUACACAACAUGUACACUAACACAUGUGUCAACAAACAGAUGUAUAUUGUAGACGAAAUAACCUGUCACAUGCUGAAAUUAGCAGCCAAGUUUGGGUGUAUUUCUGACAUAUUGUUCAUUGCCAUGUAUUAUUACAAGACACUCAGAUACAGGGAAGCUUUAUCUGUUAUAAAGAUGACAAAGGUCAAGUUAGCACAGCCAUAUCUGAUGUAUAGGAGUCAUGUAGACAGAGAGAGGUAUACUGAGGCUGUAGGGGGACAGUCCUGGUCUACAAAGAUGAGACAGGCCAUGGCAGAUGAUAUCUAUCUAGACCGUCUUAUUAACACAACCUGUUACAUCAGUGAACUAAUACCAGAACAACAGUCUGCUCUACAGAAGAGAAUGCCAAGGUUAUUUAUCCCAGUGUUUGUAAUGUUACACUUCCUAGAUUUCUUGUGUUACAGACACAUUGAUACAACAUUAUCACAAGCAGCUCUAGAUGAGCUACAGGUCCUAGUCCACCAUGAUCAGGGACUGUAUAUACAUGAUUUACACAGCGACAUCUCCUGGGAGAUCCUGGGGAUCUGCCAACAGAUCACAGGGAACCUCCAGGCUGCUCUAUACUCAUACCAACAGUCACUCACACGGUAUCCAUGGAACGAAAUACAAACUGCUACACAGAGUAGAAUACAAGACAUAACAGGAGCUGCCCCACAUGAAUAAAUUACAUUUACAAUUACUGACUCACAAAAUUCAUACAUUUUACUUUAGUGUAAUUACAUAAAGUAAUGAAACCUUACUAAAAAUGAAGUCUAAGACGAGUUUAUGGCUAAAACUGGCCUAAGCUGGGUCCUAAUCAUCAAGUUGGGAGUUGCAAGAGAUAUAAUUAUUUCAUGUAAGGCACUUACUGACUCUGAGACAGUAAAUUAUCCAAGAGUCUAUCUAUACAGAGUGAAGAGGCAUGGUUUAAAUGUGCUUAACAUGAAUUAUAUACAUGUAUGUAAAUGUGAGAAAAAGCUAGUACAUAUGUAGUUUAUAAAAUAAGGCUGGAGGAGUUGAGGCAUUCACCCACCCACACACCCAAUGCUAUGUUCCCUUUAUGCUAUGUCAUAACUAGGCCAGUGAACUGAUGGCAUUGAUUUAUUUCAUAUGACUACCACACACCCAAGGCUAUGUUCCCUCUAUGCUAUAAGCCAGUGAACUAAUGACAACUAAUUGGAGUUAAUUUAUCAAAUGAUUUAAUAACAACUCUAAUCAAAGUACUGAAAGUACUGUUAGACGGUGGCGCCGUUUGAAAGUGGCAUAUUACAUUAUGUAAAUUAUUGUUGUCGAAAAUCAACAGCCAGCGUCUCAUACAUGCAAUAGCACAACUGGUCGUGAGUUACUCACAUGGAUAAUUCUGUGGAAGUCGUAGUUGUGUUCACAAUCCACAUUUUAAAAAUGGUGUGUCUCUUUAUCGUCAUCUUUUGGGGAAAAUCCAUAGAUUUAUCACAGUAGCCUUUAGUAGUAUAGAAGUUUGUUUCUAUAUGCUUGUAUCUAUAUGUUUGUAUCUAUAUCAGUUGAUAAUAAAUACAUGUACUACACAAAUGUAUUUUGAUUGCCCCAGAAUGACUUAUUAAAUAUGUGGGUUGCCACCACAUAUUGAAUGAAUAAAUCAAAGCCAAAGCGAUUUCAUCACAGUACGCCAAACUAUUUGAUUGUAUAAAGAAGGGGAAUUUUGGUUAUUUCCCUUUUGACCUUUGGGUUGACCCUGCAAAGGGGAACAACUUUUGAAAAGUGUGGAUUGGACUUAUGUGCUUUAAAGAUAUUGUAGAUUUCUCAAAGUAACGAGAACAAAUAAAGCUUUAGUAUGAUAAAAUCGUUUUUACUAACUAUUUGGGCAUACAUGUAGUUGUUUAUUUUCCCUCUCGACAGCAUUUUCCCUCAAUUUCUUCACGUGGAAAAAGUUGCAUCAUCACACUUGCUUGUGGAUCAUCACACUUGCUUUUGUCCUCAUAGUCAGUUAUAAAUUUAGGUGUACAGAAAACGGAAUGGUUUGCAAGAACCUGUUUGAUAAAACUGGUAUUGCUUUUGGAAUGCACGUCAUCAUGAAACAGAAGAGUCAAUCAAUAUUUUAUCUUCGACUGUAGUGGAUUAUUUCCAUUUGCUCACAACGAAAGUGAAUAACAAUUUGAGAAAAAAAUAUCAUACAAUAUUCAGUCGCGGCAGUUUC